AUAUCGAAUAAGGAAAUCUCACAGGUGAGUGAGAACACCUUAUCGGAGAUAAGAGAGUUUGACACAAACUGAGAAAAGUCUUAUCCUCCUUCCUCCUCGCCGCGAUCGCCAUGGAUUUAUCUCUCCUCCGUCCGGUGGCGACGCAGCCACUUCUAUCGUCAUUCUCGAAUCCAUUUCCUCGAUCACGCCCCUACAAGCCUCUCAGGCUCCGCUGUUCAGUAUCCGGUGGAUCUGUCGUCGGCUCCUCUACAAUCGAAGGCGGAGGUAAAACCGUUACGGCGGAUUGCGUGAUCGUCGGUGGAGGAAUCAGCGGUCUGUGCAUUGCUCAAGCGCUCGUGACGAAGCACCCGGACGCAGCGAAGAAUGUGAUAGUGACGGAGGCGAAGGAUCGUGUGGGAGGGAAUAUCAUUACGCGAGAGGAGCAAGGCUUUCUAUGGGAAGAAGGUCCCAAUAGCUUCCAGCCGUCUGAUCCUAUGCUCACUAUGGUGGUAGAUAGUGGUUUGAAGGAUGAUCUAGUCUUGGGGGAUCCUACUGCUCCGAGGUUUGUGUUGUGGAAUGGGAAGCUGAGGCCGGUUCCGUCAAAGCUAACCGACUUGCCCUUCUUUGACUUGAUGAGCAUUGGAGGGAAGAUUAGAGCUGGAUUUGGUGCCAUUGGGCUUCGACCUUCACCUCCGGGUCGUGAGGAAUCUGUAGAAGAGUUUGUAAGGCGUAACCUUGGUGAUGAGGUUUUUGAACGCUUAAUUGAACCUUUUUGCUCAGGUGUUUACGCGGGAGAUCCUGCGAAACUGAGUAUGAAGGCAGCUUUUGGGAAGGUUUGGAAGCUAGAGGAGAAUGGUGGAAGCAUCAUAGGUGGUGCUUUUAAGGCAAUUCAAGCGAGAAAUAAAGCUCCCAAGACAACCAGAGACCCGCGCCUGCCAAAGCCAAAGGGCCAAACUGUUGGUUCUUUCAGGAAAGGACUUACAAUGCUGCCAGAGGCAAUCUCUGCAAGGUUGGGUAACAAGGUGAAAGUUUCUUGGAAGCUCUCAAGUAUCACUAAGUUGACCAGCGGAGAAUAUAGCUUAACUUAUGAAACGCCGGAGGGGAUAGUCACUGUACAGAGCAAAAGUGUAGUGAUGACUGUGCCAUCUCAUGUUGCUAGUAGUCUCUUGCGCCCUCUUUCUGAUUCUGCAGCUGAAGCCCUCUCAAAACUCUACUAUCCACCAGUUGCGGCCGUAUCCAUCUCAUACCCGAAAGAAGCAAUCCGUAGCGAAUGCUUAAUAGAUGGUGAACUAAAAGGGUUCGGCCAGUUGCAUCCACGCACACAAAAAGUGGAAACUCUUGGAACAAUAUACAGUUCAUCGCUCUUUCCUAACCGAGCACCACCUGGAAGAGUGUUGCUGUUGAACUACAUCGGUGGAGCUACCAACACUGGGAUCUUAUCAAAGUCAGAAGGUGAGUUAGUGGAAGCAGUGGACAGAGACUUGAGGAAGAUGUUGAUAAAGCCAAACUCAACCGAUCCACUUGUACUUGGAGUAAAAGUAUGGCCUCAAGCCAUUCCUCAGUUCCUGAUAGGUCACAUUGAUUUGGUAGACGCAGCGAAAGCAUCUCUCUCGUCAUCUGGUCAUGAGGGCUUAUUCUUGGGUGGAAAUUACGUUGCCGGUGUUGCAUUGGGUCGGUGUGUGGAAGGUGCUUAUGAAACUGCAACCCAAGUGAAUGAUUUCAUGUCGAGGUACGCUUAUAAAUAAUGUAACGCAGCAACAGUUUGAUACUAAGUAGUUGAUUGCAGUUUUGACUUUAAGAAUACACUGUUUGUGAAAAAUACAAGUUUGUGAUUAAUUUAUAUGUAUUACUAUUAAGUUGUGGCCAAAAUAGCAAAAAAAAAGACACACAAAAGCAUGAAUGAAAGACAUAUUUGUAAAAUCUAGAAGAAAUCGAUCGUAACUCUUGAAUCUUGAGGAUCUUCGUGAAGAGGAGAGAUCUUGAUAGGGUCGAAUGUUGUGGGUCUUGGAGAUUUCUGUUGUGUGUAAUGGUGAGAAUAUGAAGAUGAUGAUGAUGUGGGGAAGAUGGAGGAGGAAGACGAAGUGGAGUCAAGGUUUGUAGGGUGGAGGAUCUGUGUGAGUAGAAGCACAAUUGAAGCCAUGGAUGACGAAUUGAAGAUGAUGAUCAACUUUGAGGAAGGUUCUUUGUCUUUUUAGGUUUUUAGUAUGGAGAUUUAAUUGCCCAAGUGAUGCAAAUAUGUCUCUCUUAUAUAUAGAGAGAAAAAGCGUAGGUCCCACUUUGAUAAUUUAACGACCAUGGUUUUGUUCUAGUAAAAUCCAACGGACGAGAGA